AUGAGCAUGCUAAAAGCUAUUGGAAAGCAGCGCAGGUGCUUUGCAUCAUGUUCUGUUCAGAAUGCCGAGAAGAAACUGAACAAAUAUUCGUCUUUGAUCACCCAGCCCAAGUCUCAAGGUGCGUCUCAGGCCAUGUUGUACGCUACUGGUUUCGAGGAAGAAGACUUUAACAAGGCCCAAGUCGGUGUCGGGUCCGUUUGGUGGACCGGAAAUCCGUGCAACAUGCAUCUUUUGGAUUUGAAUCAUAGGUGUAGCGCCUCGGUGAACAAAGCCGGUUUAAAGGCAAUGCAAUUCAACACCAUCGGUGUUUCCGAUGGUAUUUCGAUGGGAACAACUGGUAUGAGAUACUCGUUGCAGAGUAGAGAGAUCAUUGCCGACUCAUUUGAGACCAUCAUGAUGGGUCAACAUUAUGAUGCCAACAUCGGUAUUCCUUCUUGUGACAAGAACAUGCCUGGUGUGUUGAUGGCUUUUGCCAGACAUAACAGACCCUCCAUUAUGGUCUAUGGUGGUACUAUCAUGGCAGGACAGUCGACUUGCGGAGGAGGGGCCCCAGAACCAAUCGAUGUUGUGACUGCAUUCCAGAGUUAUGGCCAGUUCAUUUCCAAGCAGAUAAGUGAAGAACAGAGAGAGGAUAUUGUUAGACACUCGUGUCCCGGCCCAGGAUCUUGUGGUGGUAUGUACACCGCCAACACCAUGGCAUCUGCUGCUGAGGUUAUGGGAAUCUCGCUGCCUUACUCGUCGUCUUAUCCUGCUGUUUCCAAAGAGAAGAUGACAGAAUGUGACAAUAUCGGCUAUGCGAUCAAGAACAUCAUGGAGCUGGACAUCAAGCCAAGAGAUAUCAUGACCCGCGAGGCUUUCAGAAAUGCAAUUACCUAUAUCAUUGCCACUGGAGGUUCUACCAACGCUGUUUUGCACCUGAUUGCUAUUGCACACUCUGCUGGAGUCAAGCUCUCCAUUCAGGACUUCCAGGACAUCUCCGACAAGACGCCGUUGCUUGCUGACUUCAGACCAUCCGGUAAGUACGUGAUGGCCGAUCUACAAAGAUAUGGUGGAACCCCAGCUGUGAUGAAGUACUUGCUGGAAGAAGGCAUGAUUGAAGGUGAUCUCAUCACCUGUACAGGUAAGACUGUUGCUGAGAACUUGAAGAACUUGCCUGGAUUGCCUGACGGCCAGGAUAUCGUGAGAAGCAUCUCGAAUCCUUUGAAGACCAGUGGACAUUUGCAAAUUCUGACCGGUUCUCUGGCUCCAGGUGGAGCCGUUGCUAAGAUCACCGGUAAGGAGGGAACCUACUUCAAGGGAACCGCACGUGUGUUUGACGAGGAGGAAGGAUUCAUCACUGCCUUGGAAAACGGUGAGAUCAAGAAGGGCGAGAAGACCGUUGUUGUGAUCAGAUACGAAGGUCCAAAGGGUGGUCCAGGUAUGCCCGAGAUGUUGAAGCCAUCCAGCGCUCUUAUGGGCUACGGUUUGGGUAAAGACUGUGCUUUGCUGACUGAUGGCAGAUUCUCCGGUGGAUCCCACGGAUUUUUGAUUGGUCACAUCGUUCCAGAGGCUGCUGAAGGUGGACCAAUUGGUCUUGUGCGUGAUGGUGAUGAGAUCAUCAUCGACUCUGACAACAACACUAUCGACUUGACUGUUAGUGAAGAAGAGCUUGCCAGGAGAAGAAGCGAAUGGGUUGCUCCUGCUCCAAGAUACACCAGAGGAACCUUGGCCAAGUACUCCAAGCUGGUCUCUGAUGCCUCGAGUGGAUGUGUUCUGGAUGCCUAA